CCGCAACACACAGCAUCCCAAGUCCCUCCUCAUAUCGCAUUAUACCGCUAUGUCGGCUGCAAAAUCCAAGGUUCACAAGCUGUCCUUGAAAGGAUCGGCGAAGUUGGUCGCAGAAUUCUUCGAAUACUCCAUCAAUUCUAUCCUUUUCCAGCGGGGCGUGUAUCCUCCGGAGGACUUCACUACGGUCAAGAAAUAUGGUCUCAACAUGCUCGUCACCUCCGACGACCAAGUCAAAGCCUACAUCAAGAAGAUCAUGUCGCAAUUGAACAAGUGGAUGAUGGGAGGGAAGAUAUCGAAACUCGUGGUUGUAAUCACAGACAAGGAGACUGGAGAGCACGUAGAGAGAUGGCAGUUUGACGUCCAAAUCUUCGGCAAGCACUCCAAGAGCCACUCUUCCAAGUCGACUGGCGACAAAGAAAAUGCUACUCCAGGCGACAAGGAACCCCAACCCGCCAGCGUGGAGAAGACGGAGAAGGAAAUUCAGGAGGAAAUCCAGGCGAUCUUCCGGCAAAUCACCGCCUCCGUGACCUUCCUGCCCGUGCUGAACGGAUACUGCACCUUCAAUGUUCUGGUGUACGCGGACGCCGACUCCGAGGUCCCCGUCGAAUGGGGCGACAGCGACGCGAAAGAGAUCAAGAACGCCGAGAAGGUUCAACUCCGGAGCUUCAGCACGAACAACCACCGGGUCGAGACUCUAGUCAGCUAUCGCCUGGCGGAUUGAUUGAUUGAAUAUCUAUGUUUUUCUUUUGUUUCUUCUUUUCAACUGGCGUUGUGGAAUGAGAGGAAGGCGGAGCAGCAUCUGGGACAUUUGACAUUUCGGGGACCUUCAUAAAUCCAGCCCAUGUAUUCUUUCCAAACUCGCACACAAUGA